AUGAUUACCUAUAUGACAACUCGUUUAUGGAGUUGGCGAAGUGUACGAUUACGGGUGGCAGUAUGCAUUGCUCUUGCGCUCACCAUAGAAGGUCUCAUGAGGAGCAAUUUGAAUAUGGUGACUCUACAUUUCUAUACUUCAACAAUUCUCCUGGAAGUGACUGCAGGGCGUGAAAUUCAACUUCUACUACACACAGAACCGAUACCAGUUGGUCUCAAUCCCUGUCUGGAUGUGCAGCUUAGUCAAAACAAAAUCGUUCAGAACGGUGAUCUCACUUGGACUUCGCAACAACGUGCUGUGAUCUUUGCCUCAUUUUAUGCUGGAGGCCUUAUCGCCACCCUUAUCACUGAGAGGCUUAAUCGUUGCAUGGGUGCGAAACGUCUCGUGUUGUACGGAGCUAUCGUAAACGUGCUAGGCACGUUUGCCACUCCUACGGUGGUCAGCUUUUUCGGUCCCAUUCCAAUGGUCGUUCUCAGAUUCAUCAUGGGCUUCGGACAGGGUCUUCUAUGGCCGUGUAUGAGCGUUUUAGUGGGUCAUUGGUUUCCUGCCACAGAGAAGAGUACAGCACUGGCCAUUACUACCACAGGGAAUCAGCUCUCGGUCGUAAUAGCCAUGUUUGCCACUGCCGAGCUGUGUCAAUUACCGCUAUUCGGAGGAUGGCCAAUGGCGUUUCACACCUACGGUGUGUUUGGUGUUCUGCUGUGUAUUCUAUGGCAAAUUUUCGUCGACGACAUUCCUGUUCACGCCCUAGGAAUCACUGACGAAGAAGUUCAAGUUAUUACCAACUCGACGGGCCACAAGCCUCCUAACUGGGUGCAGCUGCUAUCGUCUCCAGUAGUGUGGUCAAUAGCUGGCAGUGCGUUUGCUCACAACUUCAUUACCGUCGGAACCGUCACGUACUUACCGUUCUACUAUAAAACUGUGCUGAACAUGAGUCUAACAUCGAAUGGUAUUCUCUCGGCGCUGCCGUUUAUCUUUCAGUUUAUUUCGAAGAUCCUUUAUGCUGGAUUCGCAGACGAGUCGAAGAAUAGAGGGUGGAUGAGCUUUACCGGUGUUACGAAGGUCUGCAAUUCCAGUGCCUCGCUUGGACUUGUCGUCUGCUUCGGCCUACUUUGUUUCUGCGAUUGCACGCACAGGUUGGCCGCUGUUGUUCUUGUCUGCUUAGCCAUGGCUUUCGUGUCGGGCUAUAUUCCUGGAUACAAUACUAGCGUCGUUUCAAUCGCUCCGUCUCAAACGGCAGCUAUCGCCUCCUUCAGCAGAAUAUGGGCUCAGAUUGCUUCAUCACUUUCUCCAUAUCAAAUUGGAGCGCUGACUAAGCAGGUUCUAUGGAAAGUAAUCUUUUGCGACACAGUAACACCAACACAGGAAGAGAAAGACGGAAAAGAUGAAAUGGAUUUAUAA